UAUAGGAGAUCAUUUGCCUCCAUUGGUGAUUAACCUCUCGUAGCUCUGGCCACCUCCUCCGCUCGCUCCGUCCAUCCGGCCCGCCGUUCGAGCCGUCCGUCGAGAUGGCGGCAUCCUACCGCCGCCGCCACACGCCACGGCGCUAGCCCUCCAGAAAGAGAGGCAGCAAUGGCGGUCCCAUCGUCGUCCUUGUUGUCGUCGCUGCUGCUCCUCGCGCUCUUCCUGCAUCAUCAUUGCUCCGCUGCCCACGAUCGCGGCAGCGCCGCCGUCGUCGUCAACAUCUCCGCCGUGGAGGACGUCGUCCGCGACCGCGCGUUCGAGCUGCUCCACCGCACCGACAAGCUCGUGGGCGUGCCCCUCACGGCCUGCCCGUCGGCGUGCGGCCUCGUCGAGGUCCAGGCCUCGGCGCUGCGCGUGCGGAGCAGCUCCCUCUGGGCCGACGGCGUCAACGCCACCGACGCCGCCGCCGGCACCGCGGGGUUCACCGUGCCGCCUCGCGUCGUGCCGUCCCCGUUCGCCCGCCGCGUCGACGUCGUCUUCGAGCGGUUCGUCGGCAGCAACUCGUCCGGCGCGCUCUUCGCCGUGCCGCCCGGGUACGCGCUGGCCGCCCCCGUGGCCGCGCUGCUCGCGUACGACGUGUCGACCGGGAACAACGGCAGCAGGGCCGUCGGGCUCCGGGCGCUCGGUGCGCCCGUCCGCGUGGAGUUCGGUGACCUCUCGUCGGCGGCGGCGAACGGGACACAGCCGUUCAACGCCACGGCGGCGAGGUGCGUGACCUUCGCGGUGGCCAGCGGGCAGGCCAAGGCCGUGGCCACGCACGCCAUGGCGUCGGACACCGCGUGCACGGUGACCGGCACGGGCCACUACGGCGUGGCGGUGCGGCUGCAACCGCCACCGCCUUCGCCGACGCCGCCGACGCCGCAGCCGCCUGCGGCGGUGCGGGAGCGCUGGUGGGCAUGGAUGGCGGUGGCCGGCGUCGGCGGGGUGGUGGCGGUGGGUUUCCUGGCGGCCACCGUGGUCGCGGCGGUGCGGUGGAGCAGGAGGCGCAGGAGGGAGGAGAUGGACCUGCGGGCGUUGGCCGGGGAGGAGCUGGGGCGGAUGGCGGUGCGGGGGAGCAGGAUGCCGGCGGCGAAGAUGGUGAGGACGCGGCCGGAGCUGGAGGACGGGAGCCCCAUGGCGUGGCGGCGCUAGCUCCCCCGCCGGUCGCACUGUCGCCGUCUGGUUUAACUAGGUGUACCUUUUUUUUUUCUCAGCAUCAGAUAUUCAGACUUGUAUUGUUGUUGUACAUUAUUACACACAGUACUUUGUAGUACUCUAUAUAUGAUAUAUUGUGUAAACUCAGAUUAAAAAUGUACAUCGAAAUAGGUUAUCUUUCUUGAGAGCAACAUCUCACUGCAUUUCUUUGAGAACAGUAGUAGCAGAUUGCAAUGGACUGUCUACUUCCUUUUUACAUAAUAGGGCGUUUCAGUGCCCAGACUCA